ACACAGUGUUGGAUUGCCACUGAACAGAAGAUAGCUCACCCUAUAAAUUAAGCUUCCCAAAACCUCAGAGACGUGGCAGAAGCUGGGCUGAAGACAAGUAGAUUGUUUUGCAUGCUUGGGAAGAACGACCCCAUGCGCCUGGUGCUCACACUGCUGGGCUUCACCGCCCUCCUGGGUAUCUGCCAGGCCCGCACGGAUUGCUAUGGCAAUGUAAACAGAAUUGAUACCACGGGUGCUUCAUGCAAAACUGCAAAACCAGAGGGCUUAAACUACUGUGGAGUUCAAGCUUCAAAAAAGAUUGCUGAACGGGACCUAGGAAAUAUGAAUAGAUACAAAACACUCAUUAAGAGAGUUGGCGAAGCAUUAUGUAUUGAGCCUGCUGUGAUUGCUGGCAUCAUCUCUCGGGAAUCUCACGCUGGCACAAUACUGAAGAAUGGCUGGGGUGACAAUGGAAAUGGAUUUGGCUUAAUGCAGGUUGACAAAAGAUACCAUAAAAUUGAGGGAACAUGGAAUGGAGAAGCCCAUAUCAGGCAGGGCACGAGAAUACUUAUUGACAUGAUAAAGAAAAUACAGAGAAAAUUCCCACGUUGGACAAGGGAUCAACAGCUAAAAGGUGGGAUUUCUGCCUACAACGCUGGUACUGGGAAUGUCCGAAGCUAUGAGAGAAUGGACAUCGGCACUCUCCAUGAUGACUAUGCCAAUGAUGUGGUUGCUCGAGCCCAGUAUUUCAAGCAGCACGGAUACUAGGCUGAGGCAUCUAUGCCAAGUAAUUUACCUACCGUCACUUGAACAGCCACCAAAACACAAGAGAAGUUACAUACUGCAAAUCCAUACAGAUGCACGUUACAGG